CGUAAAAGUGUCAGGCUGUGACUGAUAGUCACGUACAGACAUUUGAAAAUAUAAAUGUGUCUACUUACGAACAUCAAGUUUUAGUCAAAAAUAUUGGGCAAUAACUAAAUGUUAAAAUAGACUAAGAAAUUCGGAAAUUUCUAUUUAGUGAGUUAAAACUCCAAUGGGAAUGACUAAAAUAUCGCCAAUGGCUUAUUAGACUUUGCCCCAAUACUGAAUAAAUAAAUAUAAAUAAAUUGUUAUGCAACGAAUUAAUUUAAUAAAAAAAAAACAUUAGACUGUUAUAAAAAUAUGUCUAGUUAAAAUAUGUACUUAGAAAGUUUAAAACAAAAUUGAAUGGUGAUGUAAGAAAAAAUAUUUUGUGAAAGAACAUAAAUGUGAAAAUUUCGUGUAAAACCUUCAUCUUUAUGUAUUAAUUGAUUCACCUGCCUCGAGAAUACCGAAAUGGCUGAUAAUACAAGCUAAAGGCGGCAGCACGAGGUGGUGUGCGGACAUGGCCAGCCCAGAGUCCGUCAACACUCGUGGUUGGCUGCGCCACUUCCCACCCACAGGUUAAACGAAGAUAAAGAAAUAUCCCCGUGUCUCGUCAAGGAAGAAGGCUUCAACGUGAGGAUGUGGGGCGCUCAAAGACGCGUGACGCUCGACGUGCUGCUCAUCUGCUGGGGCAUCGGCACCUGGCUCGGAGUGAACGGUCUCUAUGUGCAGCUACCCCUGCUCGUCGAGAGGCUGCCCGAGGGCUGGGCCCUGCCGUCCUCGCUGGUGCUGGCCGUGCAGCUCGCCAACAUUGGGCCCAUUCUGUACGGUCUGCUGGGCCGGUUACGGCCCCACGCUUCAGACUCGCCCUACAUCUACGGGCUGCUGAUAGUCGGGACGCUGUCGCUCAUCAUCAACGCGUUCGUCUACGACAUGACUACCGUGAUAGGGGGGGCGGACCGCUCGCUGCCUUUCCUCGCGCUGGUGUUCGGCGCGGCACUCGUCGGAUGCACCAGCUCAGUGUUGUUCUAUCCGUAUUUAAGACAUUUUCGGGAUAUUUAUUUGGCGACGUACUUAGUGGGCGAAGGUCUGAGUGGAUUCCUGCCAAGCAUCCUUUCUCUCAUCCAAGGCGUCGGCGGAGAGCCCGAGUGCUUGCCCUCCGAGGACAGCACGCAGCUCGUACCGCACUACCCGCCGCCCUUGUUCAGCACGACCGUGUUUCUCGUAAUACUCGGAGCGAUGUCGGCCAUGAGUCUCAUUAGUUUUUUCAUAAUAAACAAUUAUAGAGUGUUCGACUCUGAAAAAGUGACACAGACAGUUGAGACGAAAGACGAGAAUAUAGUAGAAGAGCGGGAGUCGCUCGUCGCGCCGAAGUGGGUCGGGGUGCUGGUGUUCAUGGUGUUGCUGAACGCGGUGAACAACGGGCUGAUGCCGUCGAUCCAGUCGUACUCGUGCAUGCCGUACGGCACGCGGGCCUACCACCUGGCCGUGACGCUGGGCGCCAUGGCCAACCCGGUGGCGUGCCUGGCGGGCGUGUGGCUGCGGCCCGUGGGCGCGCGCGUGCUGGCCGGCAUGCUGCUCGCCGCGCUCGUCCCCUUCGUCUACAUGACGGUCACGGCGCUCAUGAGCCCCGCGCCGCCGCUGCAGUACGACGUCAUCGGUGAAGUCUUGAUCGUGUUCUCGUGGGUGGUGGUGUCAGGGGUGGUGUCGUACGCGCGCAUGUGGGUGUACGGGUGGGUGCGGCGCGGGGGGGCGCGCGGCAUGCGGGUGUGCGGCGCCGUCACGCAGCUGGGCUCGGCCUCGGGCUCCGCCAUCAUGUACUUCGUCGUCAACUUUACCAAGCUCUUCGUGCAGCCCGACGUCUGCGCCCCUCUCUCUACUUAGGACAAUAUUAAAUUAUAUGACUAAA